AGCGUCAAAAAAAAGUUCUGGUGGAGGAGAAACUCGCAUGUCCAUUUCUUGCAGAAGGACUUCAGCGAUAUCGACACUUCCAAAGCAUCGCCACUUUGAUCUUUAUAUUGUUGAUUUUGAAAGAUAUAUCUUCAAUUGAAGUGUCAUUAAUACCUUUCAUCUCUAUCCGUUCACGGAUCAGUUUUAGAUCAUGUUCUCUGCUUGCAGAAGAGGCCCUGCCUCAAUAUCCAGAGCCCUUCGCGCAGUCCCAUCAACCAUUCGAAUCCCCUCAACCAGACCUUCAACUCUCUCUCUCAUCUCGCAAAAGUCUUCAAUUUCCGCUUUAGAGUCAAGAUGGUUACAUGUUUCUUCGGUUUCACAAUUACAAAAUGUUGCCACGAAAGAAGCUGCGAUUAUCCAAGAAAAUAAAGUCAUUAAUCGAUUCGAUGAACUCACCAAGUAUGGUUUGGUUCACCCAAAUGUCAUCAAUGAAAUCACUGAUACCAUGAAACUCGAGACCAUGACGGAAGUGCAAACCAUGACAAUUAACCAAGCCUUACAAGGAACUGAUAUGUGAGUUAUCAAAAAGUUCUCGAAUCAAGGAAUUCAUGCUAAUAUUCUCUGCUAUAGUAUUGCACAAGCACGAACUGGUACCGGAAAGACAAUUGGUUUCUUGCUUCCUACUAUUCAAAACAUCCUUGAGAAGAGUCCUGAGCUUGCAUCCCGUCAACGUUAUUCCAGAGCUAGACCAUCCGAUAUUCGCGCAAUCAUCAUAUCCCCUACUCGUGAAUUGGCAGAACAAAUUGCUGUCGAAGCCGUAAAGAUUACAAGAAAUACAGAUUUGAUUGUGCAGGUUGCAGUUGGAGGAUCAAGCAAGAGAGAGAUGCUUAGAAAAGUUCAACGUGAAGGUUGUCACAUUCUUGUGGGCACUCCCGGAAGACUUCAAGAUCUCUUGACGGAUGAAUACAGUCAAGUAUCUGCUCCAGGGAUAACAACUUUGGUUCUUGAUGAAGCAGAUCGACUUUUAGACGAUGGCUUUUCUAAAGAUAUCGAAAACAUUGAGGCUUUAUUACCUAACCGUAAAGAAGUUGAUCGUCAAACACUGUUAUUUUCCGCUACUGUUCCAAGAGAGGUCAUGCGUCUUGUUAAAAGAACGUUGAAGCCAGGUUAUCAGUUCGUACAAACAGUCAAGGAAGGAGAUGUCGCCACUCACGAGAAAAUUCCUCAAAAGAUUGCCGCUACUGUGGGAUUGGAGAACACCAUGCCAGCCUUGGUCGAGCUUUGCAAGACGGGAAUUGAAAAAGCUAACACCGAGGGUACCUCUCCAUUUAAAGCUAUUGUAUACUUUAACUCAACAGCGAGUGUCCAAUUGGCUGGAGAGAUCUUCAAGGGCAUAGAUUCGCUUCAAUCCCUUGAAACAUCUGCUAUUCACGGCAAGCUUUCACAAGAAAGAAGAACUAGAGUUACAGACAGGUUCCGUCGUGCCCGAUCCGCAAUUAUGUUUUCUAGUGAUGUUACUGCGCGAGGAAUGGACUUCCCUAAUGUCACUCACGUUAUUCAAGUUAGUGUGCCUAGGGACAGAGAUACAUACAUCCACCGUGUCGGCCGAACUGGAAGAGGAGGUAAAGAAGGAGAGGGAUGGCUCAUCAUGAUGCAAUCCGAGAUUCCCGCCGCUCGUCGAUUACUCUCUGCCCUUCCAAUCACACCCGAUCGUACACUCGCGACCGCUCUUGUUGACAUGAAAAAAGAUGCUCAAUUACCAGCCGCUGUAGCAGAGAUCCUCAAUGAAGUCGGUCAAGCAACAAAGAGGGUUGAUCGUGAAGUCAAAGUUGACGCUUAUAUGGCAGCAAUUGGCGGUGGCCGAGGAGGUCAAAACAAUCGGGACUUGAUGAUAUCUUUGAAUGACAUGGUCAAGUAUGGUUGGGGUUGGGAGAAGCCUCCUUUGAUGAGCCCUGGCAUGGCACAAAAAUUAGGAGUUGCUAAGCUUCCUGGCAUGAAUAUUGGACACGCAGGUCGCGAGGAUGACGACAGUAUUGGUGGUGAGCGAGGAUUUGGAAGCAGUAGUGGUGGUGAUGGUGGAAGAGGAUUUGGAAGCAGUGGUGGUGGUGGUGGAAGAGGAUUUGGAAGUGGUGGUGGUGGUGGAAGAGGAUUUGGAAGUAGUGGUGGUGGUGGACGAGGAUUCGGAGGUGGUGAUCGUGGAUCCAGUGGAGGAAGAGGAUUCGGAGGUGGUGAUCGUGGAUCCAGUGGAGGAAGAGGAUUUGGCGGUAACCGAAGUGGUGGAGGUAAAGGAUUUGGACGAAAUGACAGAAGUGGUGGAAAGGGAUUUGGUGGUGGCGGUGGUGGCGGUAAAGGAUUCGGCAGCUCAAGCUUCUAAACUUGCCUUGAUGCCAAGUUGAUUGAGUCCUUUGUUUGUAUACCACCACUCCCUUUCCAUUUCAUUCCUCUUCAUUUUUUUUCCUGCUUUUGUUCUGUUUUGUUUUAAAUUUUGCCGGAACUUUGGUUGUACGCAUACAAUUUCAAAGAAAGAUGCAAGAUGCAAACCAAGAAUUGAAAAAAAGAGAUGAAUUUCAGAUUCAAACUUAUGCCUGUACGAUACAUGAAAGAAAUAUUCAAAUUCUUGUUUUGAAAAAAUUAGCUAUAGCAGAUAGAUAGUAAGGAAACCAAAAUGGAUAGGUUGGGGGCGGGCUGGAGCUUGGGCGUUUAUUCGGUUUUUCGGUUUUUCGCUCUGCUUCCGGUUCCGGUUCUGGUUCUUUACUUUUUCGUGCCUACUUAGGAGUUCUGAAGUAAGCUAUGGUCUAGAUAGCUAUUCUUCUUUGUAUACUCGAAUACAUACAUGCCUAUACCUAUCACCAUGCCCAUGCAAAGUUACUUGAUGAGUAUGAGUAUGAGCUAGUUGUAUAGAUGUAUGUAUGUAUGUAUGUAUGUAUAAUGAGGAAUGGGAAUGAGAAAGGGGGAAUGAUGAAUGUGGAAUCAGGAGAAGAAGAAGAUAUCUAUGAUGGUGGGGUGGGGUCUUUAGAUUGAUUAAAUUAGUUGAUAUAAUUCUACUCUUUAUUUUUAUUUUUAU